GCUGAACGCUCUGGAAUACCAUGCUGCCUCGCUGUGCUACACGGGUGUGCAAUGUGUUUGUGCUGGUGCUGUGUCUGUCUACGGCUGAGGACUUCGACUGGACAAAGAGCGACCGCGGCUCCUUCUAUUAUGGCACUUUUCCAACUGGAUUUUCGUGGGGUGCCGGCAGUUCAGCCUAUCAAACAGAAGGAGCCUGGGACAAAGAUGGAAAAGGACUGAGUAUCUGGGAUGUCUUCUGCCAUAAGAAGGGAAGAAUCUACCAGAAUGAGACUGGAGACUCCUCAUGUGAAGGCUACUACAAAGUCAAGGAUGACAUCAGUCUCAUAAAGGAGUUAAAACUGAACCACUAUCGUUUCUCCAUCUCCUGGCCAAGGAUCUUGCCCACCGGCAUUAAAUCUGACCAUGUGAAUGAGAAAGGAAUUAAGUACUAUGACAUCCUGUUAGACCAGCUUCUGGAAAAUAACAUCACACCAAUCGUCACCCUGUAUCACUGGGAUUUGCCACAGGUUUUACAGGAGAAAUACGGUGGAUGGCAGAACAUCAGUAUGGUGAAUUAUUUCAAUGAGUUUGCCAACCUUUGCUUUGAAAGAUUUGGAAACCGUGUGAAAUACUGGAUAACAUUCAAUAACCCUUGGGUAAUGGCAGUGGAGGGUCAUGAGACUGGAGAACACGCUCCAGGACUGAAACUCAGAGGGACUGGAGCCUACAGGGCUGCACACCACAUCAUUAAAGCACAUGCUAAGGUUUGGCACACAUAUGACACUCAGUGGCGGAGCAAGCAAAAAGGUAUGGUUGGGAUUUCUCUGUCUGGGGACUGGGGAGAGCCUGUGGACAUAACUAACCAGAAGGAUAUUGAGGCAGCUGAGAGAUAUGUCCAGUUCUACAUGGGUUGGUUUGCCACGCCCAUCUUUCAUGGAGACUACCCCCAAGUGAUGAAGGACUUCAUAGGCAAGAAGAGUUCCCAACAGGGACUGGGGACAUCUCGUCUACCAACCUUUUCCUCCCAGGAGAAGAGCUACAUCAAGGGCACUUGUGACUUCCUGGGCGUGGGACACUUCACCACGCGCUAUAUCACUCAGAAGACUUACCCGGCAGGACGUAUCAGCACCUACUUCACUGACCGCGACUUGGCUGAGCUGGUGGACCCUAGUUGGCCAGAUCCUGGCUCCGAGUGGCUCUACUCUGUACCUUGGGGUUUCCGUCGCCUGCUCAACUUUGUAAAGAGUCAAUAUGGAAAUCCAAUGAUCUACAUCACUGAGAAUGGAGUUUCUGAGAAGAUGAUGUGCACUGAGCUGUGCGAUGAAUGGAGGAUACAAUAUCUCAAAAGUUACAUCAAUGAGAUGUUGAAAGCUAUCAGGGAUGGUGUGAAUGUAAAAGGCUACACGGCGUGGUCUUUGCUGGAUAAGUUUGAGUGGGACGAGGGCUAUUCUGAAAGGUUUGGUCUGUACUACGUGGACUUCAGAAACAAGAAUAAACCACGUUACCCAAAGGCAUCUGUUCAGUUCUACAAACGCAUUAUCAGCUCCAAUGGCUUUCCCAAUCAGAGAGAGGUUGAAAACUGGAAGAGGAAGGCCAUGGAAACUUGCUCCUCCAGCAACCAGCUUCUGGCAGCAGAUCCCCUGACCAGCCAUAUGGAGAUGGUAACAGAGAUUGUGGUCCCAACUGUGUGCACGCUGUGUAUUCUGCUCAGUGCAGUCUUUCUCAUGUUCUUACUGCGCAGACGCAACUAGCACACCGCGCUAGCAAAACAUUGAGUCACAUACACACAGUGACAGUGAAAUCAUGCCUUAGGUCUGUUCACUCCC